AUGCAGGAGCAGGUGGAGAGGAUUCUGAGUGAGAAACUGGCCACAUCACAGAGCCACGUGGAAGGGGCCCACCGUGCAGCAUCCCCUGCAGAGGACCUGACCAGCACCUGGAUUUCCCCCCUCCAGAACCUCUCCCAAGAAGUUCAAGCUCUGCAGAGAUCCUUGGAGAGCAUGCAGGCGUCCAUGCUGCACGACCGCCAGCCCUCCAGAGCAGACCUGGAGGGCAUAAUGUCCCAAGUGGAGAAAGCAGUGCAGGGGUCCUGGUCCGAGAGGAACGUGGCAGAGCUGGAGAGUAAACUAGGCAUGUCCCCCGCCAAGUCCUGCUUCCUUCUCUCCUUUUCCCUGGUGGCAUCCUGCAGGGACAAAGCUGCUUCUCCCCCACAGGCCAAGGAACCUGUGGGGAGAAGAUGCAGUGAGGAAGGUUACACAUCUGGGAAACGCUAUUGGGAAGUGGAUGUUGGCAAGAGAAGAAACUGGGAUUUGGGCAUUGCCCGGGAGCCUGUGACUCGCAAAGGGACACUGACUCUCUCCCCAGAGAAUGGCUUCUGGGUCAUAGGGUUAGCCGAUGGGCAAGACUACUGGGCCCGCACAGAGCCUUGGACCCGUUUGGCUGUGAGUGGGAAACCCAGAAAGAUUGGGAUCUUCCUGGACACCGCAGCCCAGCAGCUGUCAUUUUAUAAUGUCCCCAAGGAAACAGCUGUGUACACUUUCAGCCUUGGUGGUGCCAGCAGCCAGGGAGGGAAGUUCUUCCCCUUCUUCUCAACAGGGUCCACUGCUGGAAAGCCUGACACCGAGCCCCUGAAAAUUCUCCAGGGGUUUGAGGAUGAUGAAUAG